AUGCUACAUCCGGAUAUAUGUGGUCGUCAGUCAACUUAUACCAGUUUUAUGUUGACCGAUGCUGAUGGUAACACUGGAAACCCAACUCAUCUUGCUCCAUGGGCUGCUCAAAUUCGGGUUCAAGCUGGAGGUGGUGACUAUGAAGUGAUAUGUGGGGGCACCUUGAUAACUGCUAAGCACGUUCUAACAGCUGCUCAUUGCUUCCAAAAGAAAUUUGGAGCUGUAAAACCAGGUGGAGAAGAGAAUAGUAUGUCUGGAAGAUACUGUGAAGAAAAUCAGAGAUUCACCGAUUCAGAAAUCUUGAAACGAACCCAGGUGACAGUGGGAGCAAUGUGUACCAGAAAGUCGGAAAAAUUCGGUUGUGUUAAUGAAAGACAGAAUGGAAUCACUCUCAAAGUGUCUAGAUUCAUAAUGGGAGAUUUCUACAAAACCCACUGUGAACAAGGAAACGAUAUUGUGAUUUUGGAAUUGGAGAGUACUGUAGAUGACGUGGAGGGUGCCAACUAUGCCUGUCUUCCAUUCCUACCGGAAACAAAAAUUCAGGAGGGGACCACUGUAACAUCUUUUGGAUGGGGAUCUGAUCCAGGGAAAGGCUUUGAUAACAGUGCAUUUCCAAUGAUUCAAGUGCUGACUCUAGUACCGGAAUCUCUGUCUACUUGCGAAGAUAACUGGGGAACAUCCGUUCCAUUCGAUUCGUUCUGUACUGCGGAAGAAGAAGACAAGAAUGUGUGCUCUGGGGACAGUGGAGGUGGUCUGACAUUUCAUCAAACUGAAUCGUCUCGUGAAUUCAUCAUCGCUAUCGUCUCAUAUGGAUCCGAUUGUGUUCAACUGAUCGGAGGCUCCGAACCAAGAUCCCAGAUCAACACUGACGUUCGAAAGCAUCAGAAGUUCAUUGUGGACUUCAUCAAUGGGGCUUGA